AUGAAAAGCUACAUCUUCCGCUUUUUAAAACAAUUUGACAUGUUUCCGAAGGUGCCGAAUAAUGUGAAGAUCAAAUCUAAUGCGACAGGAAUACUAUCUAUCAUCUCAUAUGCUAUUAUAGGGAUAUUAAUCUUUAACGAAGCUUAUAACUUCAUGAACCCUAACUGGGUCUCUCACGUCGAUGUCGAUACCGUCAAGGCCGGAGUGCUUCCAAACAUUUAUAUUAACGUCGACAUCACUUUUCCAAAUAUGAAAUGUGCGGACUUUGGGUUUGACGUGACGGAGAUCACAGGAAGUCUCCAACUUGGUGUGACGGAAGGGAUUAAAUUUGACGAUCGACUCUUUGGGGGGUGUCGCAUGCAUGGGACGAUGAAGGUCAGUCGAGUCUCUGGGGAGUUCCAUGUCGCUUUUGGUAAGAUCGCGUAUCGACAACAACGUACAAAUCAAGUGAUCACAGCAACACAGAAACACACGCAAAUGCACACCCAUCAAUUCACUAUGCAAGAAAUGAAGAGUUUCAACCCGACACAUUUCAUCAACAAUUUGGCAUUUUCGAAUACCCCAUCAUACACAACACAUGCGGGAGAGACACCCCUGAAUGGCAAAGAAUACACUUUAAAGGGAUACGACAACGCACGAUACACGUAUUAUAUCAAUGUGAUUCCAACACUCAACAAAUACCCCACUCAUACGACUCGAAGUUAUCAACUCUCGAUUAACGAGCGGUUUGUCCCCGUCACGUAUGGACCGACAUUCACACAACCGGGCGUCUUCUUUAAAUAUGAGUUGUCGCCAUAUAUCGUCAUCAACGAGAUGAUGGACCACUCCUUUGCGCAUUCGAUUGCUUCGACUGCGGCUAUCAUUGGUGGCGUGUGGAUUAUAUUUGGGUGGAUCUCUCGAUUCCUCAAUAGGAAGACUGAGGAGCAGACUGCCGUCUCUGAACUCCAAUAA